AUGGAAAAUCAACAACAGUCCUACACGACAGCUACAGCAGAAGGUCCUUCAUCACUAGGAAUAAUGGCAGAUACGGUCGACGAGGAACGAUUAGCCGUUCUCCAACAGAUUUAUCAACAAAAGCAAGUCGAACUCUUGUCACAAUAUCAGCAAGCACAAACAGACCUUGCGAUGCAACAUUUUACCUACUUCCAAGCUCUUCAAACAUCUCAGCAACAAAAACAACAGCAGCAGUCUUUGCAAGAUACUAAAGCUCCAGAACAAACAAGUUCCAUAAGCACUGUAGAUAUUUCAGAGGAUGGUGAUACACAAGUAUCUCCUUCUGCUAAAGAUGGCGUGGGGUUGAGAAACAAAAGAUCUUAUUCUGGUAGCGGACAGACAAUUUCUCAGCUAACAAAGGAACGUUUAAAAACGAUGAUUACUAGUAAAAUGAAUCGUAUUCGUUCGGAUAACAGCAAUGUAUCGCAAGCGACAACGUCGACAGUUUGGACGACGUCUGCUACAUCGAGUACUACAAAUUCAGCUUCAUGGUCAGGUUGCAUGGAAGGUCAAACCUCACAGCAGCUGCAUACAGGUUCAGUGCAGACACCGAUUGCAGUCUCAUCACUACAUUUUGAACCGUAUUACAUUCCUUCCACGAUGCAUGCUGUACACGGAACAUUGCAACCAUCGGACUAUCAACUACGUAAAGUAAGUAGUGAACCGAAUUUGAAGAUGCGAAUUCGUGCAAAACUCCUUAAUAAAAGUGCUGGCCCAUUGCAGUCCCAAAGCAGUGCUUUUACAUUCACACAGCGAAACUCUCAAAGUGAUACACCGAUGGAUACUGACCUUUGCGGUAGCACAUCUUCUACUGAUUCGCCUACUACGCUGUUAACGACAUCUCCUCAUUUGAUAAUUCCUUCACCAUCUUUACCGAACCUUGCUUCACCAGCACAGAUACCGAUGGAUAUGUCGGCAUUGCUUGCACAAGUUUUGUAUUCACCAUUUUUGUCGAUGCCAUCACUUAUCGCAAGUAACCAGUUGCAGCCGUCAUUCUCAGUGGUUGAUUCAGGACUUAAUUCAAGUAGCACAUUAAGUGAAGGAGCAGUACGUCAACCCGUGAAGUUUGAUACCCGGAAUCAGAGUACACUGUUAUCACUUAGUGGUUAUCCGUCGCUGCUGAAACAACAAUUACGUGAUUUAGUACUCAGACGAAAAUCUUUGGUUCGUGAAGAGCCGGAAGAUGAGGGUGCUCUUGAAGCACAACUUUUAUUACGUCUGCAAAGUGGAUCAGUAUCGAGUACGCAAUUGAAGACAGGUUUGGUGUAUGAUCCAGCAAUGGCAAGGCAUCAAUGCUUUUGUGGUAAUAACAGGAAUCACGUGGAACACGGUGAACGUGUGCAGUCGAUUUGGUCACGAUUACAAGAAUGUGGUUUGGUUGAGAAAUGUGAACGGGUGUUUGCUCGUAAAGCGCCGUUAGAAAUGUUGAGAACCGUUCAUGCCGCAACAUAUGUUACUUUUUUCGCUGUAUCGCCCACAGCUUGCCUCAAAAUGGAACCUUCACAGUUACCCGUAAAAAGUUUCGUGCAACUUUCUUGUGGUGGUAUCGGGGUAGAUUCAGACACUUAUUUCAACGAUGCUUCAACACAGUUAGCGGCACGCAUUGCUGUUGGUUCUUUAGCUGAACUAGCGCUGCAGGUAGCAGAAUCAAGGCUGCGAAAUGGCUUUGCAUGCAUAAGGCCUCCAGGACAUCAUGCUGAAUAUAAUCAAGCAAUGGGCUUUUGCUUUUUGAAUAAUGUUGCAAUUACCGUUAAAUAUUUGCAACAGCGAUGUGCUGAGCAGUGUUCACGAAUAGCAAUAAUUGAUUGGGAUGUUCAUCACGGCAACGGUACACAGAUUUGCUUUGAAGCUGAUCCUUCGGUACUCUAUUUAUCUCUUCAUCGUCACGAUAAUGGUAACUUUUUUCCGGGUACUGGAGCUGUUACCGAGAUAGGCGUUGGAUCGGGUAAAGGUUAUACGGUGAAUAUACCAUUUUCGGGUGAAAUGAUGGAUGACGCUGAUUAUUUGGCGGCAUGGCGUGUUAUUGUUGCGCCUAUAUUAAAUCAGUUCAAACCGACGUUUAUCAUUGUUUCAGCUGGCUUUGACGCUGCGUAUGGACAUUCUCAGGCUCUUGGAGGAUAUAAUUUAUCGCCUCAAUUAUUUGGCUAUUUUACGCGGCAACUAAUGAAUUACGCUGGUGGACGUGUUGUACUUGCGUUGGAGGGUGGCUACGAUCUUCAAACUAUAUCUGAUUCGGCUGAAGAAUGUGUUAAGGCAUUAUGUGGUGAAAGUCCUGAGACAACCGGAAAAUUGAGCGAUGAAGCUUUGAAUGCAUUUCCCAAACAGAGUGCACAAGAAACAAUACAAAAGGUAAUCGCCAUUCAUAAAAAGCACUGGCCAUCGUUAACAGCGGCACAGGGCAUUGGAAGCAGUGAACUUCAGUGGCAAGCAGUGGCGCAAAAAUUUGCUUCUCUGUCUGUUUGA